CUCCACAGAAGGCUAGAGAACGUGAGCUCAAGCAAGCCGAUCCACAUACAGGGCGGUUGUGUCAUCAGUUCUCAGUGCGAGUCGCGCCAAUUCUCCUUGGUAGACUCGAGGCGGCAAUAUCUCAGCCCAUGUGCGUGGCCAUCUCGCUUGUAUUGUUCUCGGGCGAUUAGGGUGCUCAGUACGUGGGCUGUUUGGAGUGCGAGGCCGAGCAAACGGGCAGCAAUGCAAUCAUUGAGCUUGUCCGGCGAGGAAGCGAUGGCGUAG